AGCAAAAACCCUAAUGUGAUCAAGAUGGAAGUUGUCUAUGGACUUUUCACUGUUUCCCGGCUUUCUGCCUGCCUUUGGGAGCUCCACUGUCUGUCGAACAGUUCAAGAGCGAAGAUACCGCCGGGAGUCCAGGAGAUUUCUUGCAAAAGCUUAAACUAACUAAAAAAAAACUAACAAAAAAAUGUACGUUAGGUAGUCUUGGAAAGAGCUGGACUGAUAUUUUCUCAGACGGAUCGUUUUCAGCAGAUGAAUGAAAAGGCAUCUUGCUAAACAUCUCUGGAUAAGUGAGAACCCGAAGCAAAUACUGGAUCUGCAGCCUGUUUUUUGGAUUAAAUAUUUAGCUGCCGGAUUAACACAAUAUUCAAUGACGGGAUUUUGACGUAAAACGAGGACUCAUCACUGGAAAGUUUACAAGAACAGAUCUGGUUCUCCGAUUUUAGCCUGCCAUCAAAUGGGCUGUCCACCAUGCCGGUAGCCAUACGGAAAAGAAGCUGGGAGGAGCAUGUGACUCACCCUUCAGGAUUACAGUAUAGCUAUGAUGAUCUGGAUCUGGUCUGCUGUCAUGGGGUUGACAGCGAGGAGCUUUGGGUGGGCUCAGGGGCUUCCAAACAGGGCAGACGGACGAGGUGCGCCUCCAUGCCGGAGGGCUGCCACCAACUGCCUACAGAUGACCUGGCUCAGACACUAGAGGCGACAGCUUCUAGUGUCAACGAUGAUACUGUAGCAGAACCCUUGAAACUAACGGAAAGCAAUGGAAAAUUUUCACUGGAUUUGCCAGAGUCAGUUCAUGGCUCUCACGUGUUGGGUGCUGACAUUCCCCAAAGGGCCUCUGAAUCUGAGUAUCUCCAAACCACAGUCACUGGGAAUUCUGAAGAGCUUUGCUGUGACUCAAGCAGUGGUAUGUCAAGUGCAAAUAUUUCUUGUGCAACAGAUAGCAGCAGUCAGACUGAGAGGACUACCAAUGAUGAAAUUGACAUUGGCACAGAAAGAAGUCCGAAUCACGACAUGUGCGAUGACGAUAACGUCUUUAAUAGUCCACAUGUCUCCUGUGAAGAGCAACAAUACAUUUCUAUCUCUCCAAACAAUGGAGAUCCUUUGUCUGAGGAUGGUGAGCAGCCUGGCGAACUUCCAGAUAACCAGGAAACAAAGGCGACCCAUACAGAGGCUUACAGCAGACCUCCUGAGAUCUCUGGGGCCACACGAAACCGGUCCUCUGCUGCUGAACUGGAACCUCAAGCUGACCUCCCAGAUGUUGGGGAAGGGAACAUUUCCAUCUCUGACCAAACUGAUUCAAGUGUACCUGAUGGUGUGCUGCGCAGCGCAGCUAAUAUGAUGGAGGCUAGUAUUGCGGUAUCACUGGAUAACAAAAAUAUGGAACCAGUUGUGACUUUGGUAGUGGACAGAAAAUAUGGGAAGGAAAUAACUGAAAUCUGGAGCCUAGAUUCUGCUGAUGGAUUGAAUGACCCAGAAACUCUAAGUGAAAAUACAGGACUUAACCAUCGCUCAACAGAUAUUCGUGGAGGAGAGCAGGAUCACGACAAUUGUUCUGGAGAACUGGAUCAGAGUCACGGUUGUGAAACAUCCUACCAGACCUUGUUGGGACAGAAUAAUUUUGUAACAACGGCAGUGAACAGGCCUCUGGGAGAUGAAAGUGCACAAACAGAAAUCAGCGAGAAUGCAGCACAUGCCAGGCAUGGGACUAUUCAUUCAGCUGAUAAUUGUGCCAAAAGUCAGUGUUACGCUUUGACGACAACCAGCAGUGUGUCAUCUGAACAACUAAAUACUGGCUAUUCAGAAGGAGACACAGACGCACUGACUAACACCAUUCGGUGUGCACAUAAGUAUGUCAAAACUUCUGUAAGCGAUUCAGUGGAAAAUACUCAUCAAAGCUUAUUAACCAAAGAAAUUCCUGGUUUUGAGGAUCCUGACUUACCUCAUCAGAUGGAAGAAAUUUGUCCAAAACUUGACACUAUCCCAGAGGUCAGCCUUGUUGAGGUAGUUAGCACCUCUCUACUGGAGCCAGAAAAGAAUACCGACAUUAAUAAUACCCUCAAUCCAGCUGUUCAGCAAGAGGCUACAGAACAAUACACCCAAAAACAUCCAGCAUGUACUACAGAGGUCUACGAGGGACUCCAUGGCAACCAAGCCUCUGGUCGUUGCUUUGGUGAGUCACCUGCCUCUGAGGUGGCAGAUGGCCACAGUGAACAGCCCAGGCCAGGAGCCACAGUUCCUAGAAUGGACGAGUCGGAUGAGGCCAUAUACUCAGUUGUUUGCAACAAGACACAGCCGCCCAGUCCAGUUUUAGAUGGAACAAAUGAGCCUGGAGAUCAGAAGGAGGACAGCGUGGUCAAAGUGCGCAUGAGAAAGCAUGAACAUGUCCGUCUGGACUCAAUGGUGCUGCUGCUGAUGAAGCUGGACCAACUGGACCAGGAAAUAGAGAACGCCCUCAGUGCCACCUCCUCUAUGGACAGCACCCCCACCCUCCAUCGACGACAUAUCCUGGAGUUUGAUUUUGGACCUGCGCCAGCAGCGCCACAAACCCCACAACGGCCACAUGCUGCUCCCGAUGUCUCCUCGGGAUUUGCACCAGAGCUUGGAGCUAAACCUAAGAGUGGGAGCACCACGGUUGUUCAUGAGAAAGAAAAAGCCGAGAUCGAAGCCAAAGAGGCCUGUACCUGGCUCCGGGCUGCAGGGUUCCCACAGUACGCCCAGCUUUAUGAAGAUGCCCUCUUCCCCAUUGACAUUUCCUCGGUCACCAGAGAUCACGACUUCCUCGAUCGGGACGCCAUCGAGGCUCUCUGCAGGAGGCUGAACACUCUCAACAAGUGCGCCCUGAUGAGACUGGAGAUAUCACCACAGAGAAAAAGAAGCGAGGACUCAGAUGAGGACGAGCCUUGCGCCAUCAGUGGCCGCUGGACCUUUCAGAGGGACAGCAAGCGCUGGUCCCGCAUGGAGGAGCUGGAGGUUUUCUCUACGCUGCCUGCAGAUGACGCCCAGGCCCAGUUUCCUAAGGACCAGGUGUCUCAGAAAGGCAAGCUCGUCCUGCGCGAAGGCCACAGCUCAGAGAGCGUAUUGACGGACCUCAGCGAACAGCCAGAAGUGGGCUCCAUCCACAGCAGUGGGAGCGGAGGAAGAGGAGAAGAGCAGAGCCAUGGCGCCGCCCUGGCAAACGAAGCUGCGCCUGCAGGCGCCACCCGUGCCAGCUCAGUAGCUAGCAUGUGUUCGUCUUCGGGCACGGGCGGGUCAGGAUGCCCUAACGAGGACUCUUUGUCUGAUGGAUUGCCUCCGUCGCCCCUGGAGACGUUCAGGCAGUUCACGUUUGAUGUGAAAACGGGGAUGGUGGGACGGGGAGGAAGUCUGGACCGAGGAAGCGGCAGCGGCAAAAGCACUCGCUCGAGAGCCAAGAGCUUCCUGAAGAGGAUGGAGAGUCUGCGGCUUCGGAGCGGCACCUCCUCCAAGAAGAAGAAGAAGGGCAGCACCGGCGGAGGGAAGAUAGAAAUCAGCGGCCCCGUCAUCAAGGAGGGCCUGGACGACGACAAGCUGCGCAGGCUCAACUGUGUGGACAUCUCCAGCAUCAACCUCAACCAGAACCUCAAUCAUCACCGCGAUCCCACGGAGACCAUGACACUCAACCGGAAGCGCUCCGUAUCCUACUCCACUCAGACCAGCAACGGCAGCACCGGCAGCACCGGGAGCAGCCAGUCUGAGGCCAGCAGCGGGAGCGCGGUGAGCACCCCGAGUCCGGUGACUCGAGCACGCAGCCACAGCACAGCGGCCGGCUCCAGCAAGAGAGGAGGGAUGUAUCUGGAAGGUUUCGAUCCUUUCAGCAUUCUCCAACAAGCCUCAGAUCAGCAGACGACACCCCCGCCCAAAUCUGCCCCGCCCAUCCCCUGCCAAGCCAGCAGCGGGAUGACGGUCGACGAGCAGAACCGCAGAAACAACUGCAGCGUUCAAGACAAUGGCAGACAAGUGGAAGAAGAAGAGGAGGAGGAGGAGGAGGAAGAGGAGGGCAUGAUCUUCUUCUAUUUGCCAGAGGGCCACAAGCCGGGAACCUUCCCCAAAGCCCUGCAGGAUGGGAGUUCACGCGCCAACAAUGGGAACGAUAACGGAAACUCGGUGAUCCUCCGGGGACGGCAGAGCAGACGUCAGCGUCGCGGCUCGUCAGGCUCGGUCGACAGCCGGCUCAGUUUUUACGACAACGUCCCCUACACCGAGGAGGAGGAAGGGGAUGUUCGCAAAUUAGAGGAAGUGCUUCAACAUGUCAGCGGCCUGCAGCGCUUUGUUAACGCCUGGUCGGAGGCUGUGGCCGGCGAGGAGGAGGAAGAGGACGAGGACGAAGAGGAAGAAGGAGACUCGGAUUCGGCGCUGGACUCGGCCUCCCCCUGCCCGUCCUCUCCUCUGCAGAACCGGCUGGAGGAGACUGAGAACGGAAGCGACCAGGACAGCACAGGAAAUCCCCUGGGUGAGGGAGAGGAAGGCAUGAGAGAGAGAAGAGACUCUGGUGUUGGAGCGUCUCUAACUCGAACCAGCAGACCGCAGAAGCUCCGCUGGCCCAGCUUUCAGAACUCCCAUCGGCCCAGCUUGGCCUCCGCCCAGCUCCAGAUCAGCUGCCAGUCUGUGCUGCAGAUGAAUCUUCUUCAGAAACUCUCCCUGCUGCAGCUCACCGCCCUGCUGGAGAAACACACCCCGACGAACAAACAUGGCUUCAGCUGGGCCGUGCCGAAGUUUAUGAAGCGGAUCAAGGUGCGCGACUACAAAGACAGGAAUGUGUUCGGUGUGCCACUACAAGUCAUCGUCCAGCGGACAGGUCAGCCCCUCCCUCAGGGAAUCCAGCAGGCCAUGCGCUACUUACGCAGCCAGUGCCUUGACCAGGUGGGUCUCUUCAGGAAAUCAGGAGUUAAGUCUCGCAUCCAGGCUCUUCGCCAGAUGAACGAGGCGAGCGGCGCCGACGGAGGAGGAGUCAACUACGAGGGCCAGUCGGCGUACGACGUCGCCGACAUGCUGAAGCAGUACUUCAGAGAUUUACCAGAACCCCUGCUCACCAGCAAACUGUCCGAGACCUUCCUCCAGAUCUAUCAGUACAUGCCCAAGGAGCUCCGUCUGCAGGCAGCCCGCGCCGCCGUGCUGCUGCUGCCGGACGAGAACCGCGAGGCCCUGAGGACGCUGCUGUGUCUGCUGAGCGACGUCACGGCCAGCGUGUCCGAGAACCAGAUGACUCCGACCAACCUGGCCGUCUGUCUGGCUCCCUCCCUCUUCCACCUCAACACGCUCCGCCGCAAGGAGAGCUCCUCGCCAAGGGUGAUGAACCGGAAGCAGACCCUGGGAAAGCCGGACCAGAGGGACCUGAAUGAGAACCUGGCUGCCACCCAUGGCCUGGCACACAUGAUCCAGGAGUGCAGGAAACUCUUCAGGAUCCCAGAAGAAAUGAAUCGCUGCAGGAACUCGUACGUGGAGCAGGCCCUGCUGCCUCAGCGCCUGAAGGAGCUCGCAGGCGAAGAGGCCGGGCACGGGGGCUACAAGGCCUUCCUGCAGGACGGCCUGGACUCCCUCCUCAAAGAGGCCAAAGACAAGUUCAAGGGUUAUGACAGCUUCUCCACGCCCGAGCACGCAGAGCUGGCCUACAGGAAGGUGCACGAUGGCUUUCCGCUGCGGCUGUGGAAAGUGACCGUGGAAAUCCCUGCGAGUCCUGAGGAGGUGUUGACGCGGGUGCUGCGAGAGCAGGGACACUGGGACGAGGACCUGCUCGAGAGCCGAGUUGUGGAGACGCUGGACGAGAGGACCGAGGUUUACCAGUACGUCAGGAACACCAUGGCUCCACAUCCAACCAGAGACCACCUGGUGCUCAGAACGUGGAUGACAGACCUGCCGAAGGGAGCGUGUGCCCUUGUGUGCACGUCUGUGGACCACGAGGGGGCGCCGGUGGUUGGCGUCCGAGCCAACGUCCUCACUUCGCGCUACUUCGUGGAGCCCUGCGGUUCCUCCAAGUCCAGACUGACGCACAUUUCCAGAAUCGACUGCAGGGGUCGCUUCCCAGAGUGGUACAAUAAACUGUAUGGACACUUGUGCGCCGCCGAGGUGGCGCGGAUACGAGACUCGUUCACCGUGCCUAUGGACAAAUGAGGCGGUCGUGCGCGACGUGGACAGCAGAGUCUUUCCACCAGAGCCUCACGUUUAAAGGACAAACCCUGAAUCUUGGAUUGAAGGACUUUAAUGUAAAAACAGGUGUUUGAAAACUUGGGGCUCUCGUGUGCUGCCAAGACGACUCGCACAAACAUUCAUCUGGGCCACAGGACGUGAUGUUGCUGAUGUCUGGUUUCUUUAUCCAAAGGGUGCUAUGGCUUCUGAGAAGCGAGGGGAUUCAAUGUGAGUGUGCGCAUGCGUGUGUGUUAUCAAAGCAAACGGUUAAUAUAUAUAUUUGUCGAACUGGUUUCCGGUCCCAGGAUAACGUGUACAUAUAAUAUUCAGUUCACUCAGUGAUGUUGGUUGCGUUACCUCUAUCUUUUUUUUUUUGUUUUUUUUGUUACAGCAAAGCACAGGUGGGGUUUUAGACAUUAUUAUAGUCAGCUGAUUGAUGAAUCCAUUGGUGAAGAAAGAUGUGAAUGUGUUGAUAACAUGCAGACCGAGUGGAGACAAUAGACAGGACACUGGGAGACGACAGGAGGCCGGUGGGACAGAGGGUUUUAGAGAAGACGAGGGCUGGUGGCUGGCUCCCCCCAAAAAAGAAGGGAACGAUCAAAAGAGGAGCGUUACCUAUGAACACACGUCUCUUCAUUCCCUCAAGAAGAAUUAGACUCAAACUCAGUUGUCUUGAACCUGAGGGUGCACGGAGAAAAUGGGUGACCAACGGAUUUAACGGACCAAAUUAAGAAUGCAGAGCGUUUCCUCACAGUUACAAGUGUUACAUGUUGUUUUGUUUAGAGCACAGCACAAUUCACACUUUCUGAAGUUGUUAUAGGCCCCGGCAGUCGCUUGUAUACUUAAAACAUAUGUAGAUUUUUUUUACAGCUGCUUACAGGAGAACAGAAAACACAGUGGUCUGUUCUGACCCGCAACAGAACCUUUUAGAUAGUCCCACAAUGAACGACGAGAAGAAAACAGAGAAAACAAAAAUGGUCCUUUUAUAAAGGUGGAGAUUUUACAGGUUUUACUGUGAAGAAGAGGGCAGGUUGAAUGUGUGAUUUUUAAAGGAAGGAAAAAAAAAAUAUAUAUAUAUAUAUAUGUAUCUUUGCUUCUCUCUCCGUACUCUUUUGUCAGUGUUGUUGAAGAUUUGGGCGACAGUAACAUUCAUAAACGCUCACACUUGGAUCUGAGGGCACAUUGUCGAGUCGUAUGAUUAAUUCACUAAAGCCAUCGUUUGUAUCGUAAGCGUUUCGUACCUUUAACUGUGUCUCUGCCAAAUAAUAACGCAUGACAAUGACAGUUAAUUUAAAGCAGAUAUAUUUAUACCUCAGAUAUAUGUUUGUUCUGUAUCAUACCAUUUUAUUUUAUUUUAUUGUACAUGUUAAGCUUUGUGUUACAGAAAUGACAACAAAAUGUUUUAUCUUUUUUAUUAAUAUUAUUUCUGUACAGGUUAAUCAAAGUGCACUAUUAAAUGUAUUAAAAUAAGA